CAAAAGAUGCUUCCUAAACAUAGCCGUCUUACAAAACUAAGUCCCUUUAUAGAUCAAUAUGGACUAUUGAGAGUAGGUGGCCGUUUAUCUUAUGCCAUGCUGUCAGAUGAAGAGAAACAGCCUGUCAUCAUUCCUCACGAUCACUACAUUGCUACCUUGAUCAUAAGAUAUUAUCACAGUCAAACAGUACACCAAGGGCGACACAUUACUGAAGGUGCAAUCAGAGCUGCAGGAUUCUGGAUUCUUGGUGGAAAACGUCUAGUGUCUGCAAUCAUUCACAAAUGUGUCGUAUGCCGUAAGCUCAGAGGGAGAUUUGAAAGCCAAAAGAUGGCAGAAUUACCAAAAGAUAGAGUCAAUCCUGAACCUCCAUUCACUAGUGUGGGUGUUGAUGUGUUUGGUCCCUGGGAAGUUGUAACACGCCGAACUAGAGGAGGCAGCGCUGACAGCAAACGCUGGGCUGUUCUUUUCACGUGUCUUUCUAUAAGAGCAGUGCAUAUAGAAUUGAUUGAGUCCAUGUCAGCAUCCAGUUUCAUCAAUGCCCUGAGAAGAUUCUUUUCUGUUCGUGGUCCGGCUAAGUUGAUUCGCUCAGAUAGAGGUACGAACUUUGUAGGAGCAUGCAAGGAGCUGCAUAUAUGCUCAAAUGAUGCAGAACUUCUAGAUUAUCUCCAAGACAAAGGAUGUACAUGGCUCUUUAACACUCCACACUCAUCUCACAUGGGAGGUGCUUGGGAGAGAUUAAUUGGUGUGGCUAGACGAAUUUUAGAUGCAAUGUUGCUCCAAUCCAAACCCACUCACCUGACUCAUGAGACUUUGAGUACUUUCAUGGCAGAAGUUAUGGCCAUCAUUAAUUCAAGACCUUUGGUACCAAUAUCUACAGAUCCAGAUAACCCAACAGUUCUUACCCCUGCUAUGCUCUUGACCCAAAAGGUAGACUCUUUAUCAGCCCCCUGUGGAGACUUUAGUACAACAGAACUUCAUGCAAAGCAAUGGAAACAAGUCCAAUGUCUGGCUGAUACAUUUUGGAAGAGAUGGAGGAGAGAUUACCUAUUUACCUUACAAAGUCGCAAGAAAUGGGCAGAGACUGGUCCCAAUGUCAAGGUGGGAAAUGUUGUGUUAUUGAAAGAUAUUCAAGAAAGCAGAAAUAACUGGCCUAUGGGAAUUGUCACAAAUACGUUGCCAAGUAAAGAUGGUAAUGUCAGAAAGGUUGAAGUAAAAGUCACGAAACAAGGGACUGUUAAAGUGUACGCCAGACCAGUUUCUGAUGUCAUUGUUCUCCUUUGAGUAUUUCUAUUCUGUUAUUGGCUCAAUACAUAACUAAGAGCUUGUCACUGAGAGUUUUCAAAUGUGGCAUUUGCCACGAGCUGAAUUCCAUUCUGUGGAUUACAAAUGGGGUAGGAGAUAGUUUGGCCUAGUGCGGCUUCUCCUAUCUGAAGAUGGGUUUAUGGACAGAACUAUUUCUUCAUGUGGAUUACCAGCUUGAAGUGCCACAGCCAAGAGACACUAAUAUUGUGGACUUAUGUUAUAGUUUGUUACUAGUUCUGGUCAGGAAUACAUUAUCUUAUUAAUAUGUUUUUCCCUGUACAUCAGAUAUGUAUAGGUAGUGAUAUAAUGUAUUAUAUCAGGCAGGGAGUGUGCUGCCUUUUUAGGUUAACUGCAUUAUAAUGAUAGGUUGUGUAGUGUACCACUGCCAUCUAGUGGCAGAAGUUAAUAUCAGCUUUACUUACACAGAUAGUUUAUACAGACAGGAAGUGACCUUUGUUCCAGGAAGCUCUUCCACCAUCUUGAGGCACUCUUCCACUGGGCAGGCAGCAUGUAUCUAUCUCUCCCAUGAGGUUUGGGACAUCAUCACCUUUUCACAGACUAAAAUAAAGUUGGAGUCCUCUGGUGGACAAUACAAGCAUGGGCUUCUGUUUACUGGAGUCUCUAACAAGUGUUUAGCUGUCCGUUUAGAACCACACAUAGUCAGUGUUUUGAGAGCGGAAC